AUGGCUGCUGCUGCUGACCGGAGCUCGAUGGACGUCGACAGCAAUGAUCCUCGCUUGUCGUCGUCCGCUAAUGGUGUGAAUGGAACGCAUGCCGAAAAGAGCCCUACCCCUCCUCCUCAUAGAUCAAAUGGAACAACCGCUGAGGCGGAUUCAUUCAAGUUGGCGGGAAAUAAAUUCUUCAAGGAUCGCAAUUAUGCUCGGGCUAUUGAAGAGUUCAGCAAAGCCGUUGAGAUUAACCCUAAUUCUUCCGUGUACCUGUCCAACCGGGCGGCGGCACACAUGGCCGCCCAUCAGUAUAUUAAUGCUCUCGAGGACUGUGAGCGAGCUCUCGAGCUCGAUCCGUCCAACGCUAAGAUUCAGUACCGCUUGGCCCGUAUCCUCACUAGUCUGGGCCGCCCGUCAGAGGCCCUUAAUGUCCUCUCUCGCACGGAUCCUCCCGCCUCGGCGACCGACCGUGCACCCGCUGAGAAGAUGAUUCGUUUCGUGACCCAAGCGGAAGAGACCCUGGCUCAGGAACGGGGAGUGUCGAUGGCUCUGUUCUGCCUGGACCAGGCGAGAGCGCUUCUGGGCAAUGGCGUUAAGGAGCCCCGCAAGUGGACCCUGAUGACCGCGGAAGCACAGCUGAAGAUGGCAAACGAGAAUUCGUUUGCUAAGGCACAGGAUAUUGCGAUGAACAUGCUUCGACAGAACAACCAAGAUCCUGACGCUCUUAUGAUUCGUGCCCGUGCAUUCUACGGUCUGGGGGAGACGGAACAGGCGCUGAAGACCCUUAAAAUCUGUAUCAGCUUGGAUCCUGAUAUGAAGUCGGCUAUCAAACUACUUCGUACCGUUCAGAAGUUGAUGCGCACGAAGGAAGAGGGCAACAAUGCCUUCAAGGCCAAGGACUACCGCAAGGCUAUCGACCUCUGGUCGCAGGCUUUGGAGGUAGACCCAACGAACAAGGACAUGAACGCGAAGAUCUUACAGAAUCGUGCUCAGGCACACAUCAACCUGAAGGAAUACGAUAACGCAGUCAACGACUGCUCUGAGGCCCUGCGGUUGGAUCCGUCGUAUGUCAAGGCACAGAAGAUACGUGCCAAGGCCCACGGCGGUGCUGGCAACUGGGAAGAAGCAGUGCGCGAUUACAAGGCCGUGGCCGAGUCCAACCCCACCGAAAAGGGUAUUCAGGAAGAGAUUCGCAAGGCUGAAUUUGAGCUCAAGAAGGCCCAGCGGAAGGACUACUACAAGAUCUUGGGCGUGUCUAAGGAUGCUUCCGAGCAUGAGAUCAAGAAGGCCUACCGCAAGCUGGCCAUCCAGUACCACCCGGACAAGAACCGUGAUGAUCCCCAAGGUGAUGAGAAGUUCAAGGAGAUCGGAGAGGCUUAUGAGACCCUGAUCGAUUCUCAGAAACGUGCGUCUUAUGAUAACGGUGAUGACCUCAUUGACCCAUCCGACAUGUUCGGUGGCCAUGGUGGCUUCGGCGGCUUCGGCGGCAUGGGAGGCAUGGGCGGUAUGGGUGGAAUGGGCGGUAUGGGUGGUAUGGGUGGCAUGGGCGGCACCCAUAUCAACAUCGACCCCAACAUCCUCUUUAACAUGAUGAACGGCGGCGGCGGCGGUGGAUUCGCCCAAGCCGGCGGAAACCCCUUCGGUGGCGGCCAGUCUCGCGGCGGAUUCCCUGGCGGAUUCCCCUUCUAA